CAAUUUCUCAAUUUUGCAUAGCAAGAACCGAUAUUUAAGCUCUCAAGCUAUUAAAAACGUAAAAGGUCUUAAUGGGGGCUCGUUAAACGCAGUUGCAUGUUCGACUUCGUCGCCGUUAAUUGGGAGAGUGGGUUUGCAUAGACGGGAAGGUAACUUUUCGUUACUGUCGUUUGGUGCAAAUCCAAGGAGUUUUUAUGUCGAAGAUGAAAAGGCGGAUUAUUCACAAGCUUUGUCUGCAUUACUUCCAUUUGUUGUGGCGCUCACUGCUGUUGCUGCUCUUUCUCAACCUUCCACUUUCACUUGGGUGUCUAAAGAAAUGUACGCUCCUGCGCUUGGAGGAAUCAUGUUGUCAAUUGGCAUUAGACUUUCCAUUGAUGAUUUUGCUCUCGCUAUUAAAAGACCUUUGCCCUUAUCUGUUGGAUUCAUUGCUCAGUAUGUCCUGAAGCCAGCUCUUGGCAUACUUGUAGCACAGGCAUUUGGGAUGCCUCAGGCGUUCUAUGCUGGUUUUGUCCUGAUGUCUUGUGUUGCUGGGGCUCAAUUAUCAAGUUACGCCAGCUUCUUGAGCAAAAGUGACGUGGCGUUCAGUAUUCUCUUGACCAGUUCAAGCACCAUUGCUUCAGUUCUUGUUACUCCACUUCUAACUGGCCUUCUCAUUGGUUCAGUUGUUCCAGUUGAUGCAGUUGCAAUGUCAAAGUCAAUCUUGCAGGUCGUUCUUCUCCCAGUCACUCUUGGCUUAGCGCUGAACACCUAUGCAAAACCAGUAGUAUCUGUUAUACAACCCGUGAUGCCUUUCGUUGCCAUGAUUUGUACUUCACUGUGUAUUGGCAGUCCUCUUGCAAUCAACCGUGCUCAGAUUCUUUCUGCUGAGGGUGCCAGGUUGAUUGGUCCUGUACUGACAUUUCAUGCAGUGGCAUUUGCAGUGGGUUAUUGGCUCUCGAAACUUCCAUUUUUUAGGUUUGAAGAAGAAGUCUGCAGGACGAUUUCAGUAUGCACAGGAAUGCAGAGUUCCACGCUGGCAGGGCUUCUUGCAACCCAAUUCCUCGGGAGCACUCAAGCGGUCCCUCCUGCAUGUUCCGUAGUUGCAAUGGCUAUCAUGGGCCUUUGUCUUGCCUCUUUCUGGGGAGGUGGAUAUCGGAUCAGGGACAUACCGUCCGUGCUCUUUCUACAAACUGCUUCGACAAUCAAGCCUUCUCAGUAAGCUAGAGAUAUGUAGAUACAGAGUAGGAUAACUAAUAGAAAAGUAGACAUCCUUUCAGACUUGGGCAGAGUAACUUAAAUGCAGUAGAAAUAGUUAAAUGAGAUGAAGGCAUAGGUUAUAUACUACAGUGGCCUGCAAAAAUGUGUAUGAAAGUUGAUAGAUGAGAUAGUAUUUUAACUUGUAAGGCGAAGGCAUAGGUUAUAUACUACAAUGGCUACUUGUACAGUUCUUCUCAACGUAUGAACUUGUGAAGUCAGAUUUUGAGCUCUAGCGUUUAAGUCUAAAAAACCCUUCUUAUAUCGGUCCCUUGUAUGUAAAAUUUGGUUUAAUUGUCUUUAUCAGAAAACGGUUUUGCUGGUCA